AUGGUGGAAGUUAUUGAAUCAUUUGUUGGUACCUUCGGUCUUGGAGUUGGGAUCAAUUACGGCCAAAUCGCCAACAAUCUCCCAUCUCCAUCGCGGGUAUCGACCCUCCUCGGAUCCUUAAACAUCAGCCGCGUAAAACUAUACGAUGCAGACCCGAACGUAUUAACCGCAUUUGCCAACACGAACAUCGAAUUCAUCAUUGGUUUAGGCAAUGAAUUCCUUCAGAAAAUGCAAGAUCCUCAACAAUCCCAAAUCUGGAUUCAACAAAAGGUACAACCUUAUCUUUCGCGAACUCGAAUCACUUGUAUCACCGUAGGAAACGAGGUUUUAGGAGGCCAAGAUCCUCAAUUACCGCAAUAUCUACUUCCCGCCAUGAAAGCAAUGUAUCAAGCUUUAGUUAACCUCGGAUUAAGCUCGCAAGUCUACGUUACCACCGCUCAUUCUCUUCAAAUCUUGAAAACGUCUUUCCCGCCUUCAUCUGGUGCGUUUCGUGAUGAUCUUGUUCAGUAUAUCCAACCGAUGCUUAGCUUCCACGCGCAGUCUAAUUCGCCUUUUCUCAUCAACGCGUACCCGUAUUUUGCAUACAAAAGUGACCCGAAAAACGUCCCUAUUGAGUACUUGCUUUUCGAGCCGAACUCCGGGACUGUGGAUCAGAAUACGAAUUUGAAGUAUGAUAAUAUGUUGUAUGCCCAAAUCGAUGCUGUUUAUUCGGGUAUAAAGGCGUUGGGUCAUACGGAUGUUCAAGUUAGGAUAUCUGAAACAGGUUGGCCUUCGAAAGGCGAUGAAGACGAGCCAGGGGCCACGGUUGAGAACGCGGGGAUUUAUAAUAGAAAUUUGUUGCGACGGAUGCAAGAGGGACAAGGGACGCCCGCGCACCCGUCACAACGGAUAGAUAUUUAUGUUUUUGCCCUUUUUAACGAGAAUAUGAAGACCGGUCCAACGUCUGAAAGGAACUACGGAUUGUAUUAUCCGGAUGGUAAUCCGGUCUACAACCUUGGUGUUCAAGGUUAUCUUCCUCGUAUAGAUUACUCGUCUUCGGCGAAAAACGCUUUGUGCAUCUUGAGGCUUUCUGGCUUGCUCCUUGGAUCCUUACUCUUGGCUUGAUACAUGGAUGGUUUUACCAUUUUUACAUAGGAACCUCAAAAGGGUACUCAUUGGAGGAAGAAUAUGCGAUUGAACAACUCCACACUGCCUAAACUGUUACAGUUAUCAUUUUUGUCAUCACGUUUGGGACAACAUAAUACUCACCAAUAUGUAUUUAGCAUUUCUUUAAAAUAUAUAGGAAAUUCAUCCAAAAGAUUUAUUAACAUUAAAAAUUACUUUCAUAAGGAAAUGAGAAUUUAUUUCCUUAUUUAGUGAUAAUCUU